AUGAGCGUGGGCCCUCCCCAAGCCUCAAAAUCACCUCUGCUGUGGAUGGAGAGGCCGGGGGAGGAAGGAGGGAGGCAGUCGGAGUGGCGUUUGCCUCGCAGCAGCCCCAGCGCCUGCUUCUCGCCUCUCACCGAGGUGCUGGGCCGUGCUACCCUCUGUGGUCAUCUGCUACCUGAUGGAUCUCUCGCUUUUUCUCUUACACUCCCCUGCCCCCUCCCCCAGUGUGCUCCCCAGGUCCACCAGCUGGCUGUGAACAGCUGGCCCAGAGCUGUUGUUGUGGCUUGCAGCUUACGAGCCAUUCCCCAGGGGCUGCUGAAAUUAGAGAUGAAUCCCAAUGCAAGAGAGCUGCCCCUUCCCGUGGGGUGGAGGAUGGGGAAAGGGGGUCCUCCAGUCCCCCGGGAGCACAGCUCCGCAGAGCUCCGUGGAGUCCCUGCCUGCCACCCCUUGGAGCCUUUUUUUUCUCCCCAAGGCUGGUCUUCCAGCUUUGGCCUCUGCUGGACUAGUGCUAUGAGGGAGGCCCCGCUAUUGUGA